CCUACCACUCACUAUUUCUUCUUUUUUCUCCACCAAUUUCGCCUCGUCUCUCUCUCUCUUCUCUCUCCUUUUACUUUUCUUUUUCUUACUUAUUUCCCACUUCGCUCUCUCCCAUCUAUCAAUUCUCUCACCAAAUCAACAUGACAUUCUUUCUCUUCUUCUUCUUCAUUUUCAUCUUCAUCAUCACCCCUUCUUCCAUUUCUGCUCCUCAUCCCUUCAGCAUUUCUUACCACAUUGAUUGCGGUGGUCUAAUCAACUCCACCGACCCUUUUGGCACUACCUGGCUUUCCGACCGAUUCUACACCGGCGGCACCACUGCUAUCGUCUCCGAGCCCCUUAUUUUCCGACAUCCACAAGAAAAGAAUCUCAGAUUCUUCCCUCUAUCCUCCGGCAAGAAAAAUUGCUACAUUAUUCCCAAUUUGCCCACUGGCCGUUACUACUUCCGAACAUUCACUGUCUAUGACAAUUACGAUGGUAAAUCUCACCCUCCCUCAUUUGAUGCCUCCAUUGAAGGUACCCUUGUCUUCAGCUGGCGUUCUCCUUGGUCCGAGGACCUCGCUCGCCAUGGCGCCUACUCUGAUCUCUUCGCCUUCAUUGGCGACGGGGAGGCUGAUUUCUGCUUCUACAGCCUUUCCACCGAUUCGCCAGUCAUUGGGUCAUUUCAGCUCGUUCAGGUCAAUCCCAUGUCAUAUAACUCAACCGCCAUUGGAGAGAACUUCAUUCUUGUUAACUACGGGAGGCUUACUUGCGGGUCUGAGCAAUGGGGCCCUGGGUUUAGCAAUGAUACAGAUGUUUUCGGUCGCUCGUGGCAGUCUGAUUCCAGUUUUAUAAUCCCUAGUUUGAAACAAUCGGUUAGAGUUUUGUCGACGAAGAAUUCCGUAAGUGGGACUGAUCAGCAGCCGAAUUAUUUUCCGAUGAAAUUGUAUCAGAAGGCGGUGACAGUUGGGGGAACUGGGGUUCUUGAGUACGAAUUGCCGGUGGACGCCAAAUUGGAUUAUUUAGUUUGGUUGCAUUUUGCGGAGAUUGAUUCAAAUGUGAAGAAGGCAGGGCAGAGAGUGUUCGAUGUGGUUAUUAAUGGGAAUAAUGCGACUAGAAUAGACAUCUUCGCGAAAGUUGGAAGUUUUGCAGCUUAUUCUUGGUCUUGUACUAUGAAGAAUUUGAGUAGCUCGGCUUUGAUUGUGAAGCUUGUGGGGGUGGUUGGUUCGCCGCUACUCAGUGGGCUUGAGAAUUACGCAUUGGUUCCGAGAGAUCUUUCCACUGCGCCAGAGCAAGUAUCUGCUAUGAGAGCAUUGAAAGUGUCCCUUCGAGUGCCUGAUAGAAUGGGUUGGAAUGGCGAUCCUUGUGCUCCUACAAAUUGGGAUGCCUGGGAGGGAAUUACAUGUCGUCCCAACAAGAAUGGAACUGCCCUCGUUAUAUUUCAAAUUGAUCUGGGAAGCCAAGGCUUGAAAGGGUAUGUCAGCGACCAAAUUGUUUUUUUGACAGACUUGGUAAGCCUAAAUCUUAGUUCCAACUCAUUGGGGGGCACAAUACCGCCUGGGCUAGGUGAACAUUCUCUCACACGGCUGGAUUUGUCAAAGAAUCAGUUAACAGGAUCCAUACCAGAUAGUUUAGCAUCUCGAAAUUUGCAGCUUGUGCUAUUAAAUGACAACUUAUUGGAAGGACGGGUGCCUGAAGAACUUUAUUCUAUUGGUGUGCAUGGUGGAGCCAUUGACCUGUCUAGCAACAAGGGUUUAUGUGGUGUGCCUUCCUUGCCAACAUGCCCUCUAUUUUGGGAACAUGGGCGGUUGUCUAAAACUGGUAAAAUUGCAAUAGGUGUAUCAUCCACGUUCCUUUUCUGUGCACUGCUGGCAGUUAUCUACAUAUGCUGCAUCAGAAGACGUAGAAAUGAUUAUGAUUUCGGCUUGCCUAGUGAAUUAAUGUCUCUUGCUGCAAAAAGGAACAGGUACCAGAGGCAGAAAUCCUUAAUGCUGUUGGAAAUGGAGAGUCAACAUGCCAAGGGAUUGUCACCCUUCACCCCCCUCAACUGAAUUAUGCUCCAAAAAUGGGAAUAAUCCUUGAGAGAGUUUUGAAACUGCAACAAAUCUUUAGAAUGCUAACUUAAAUACGACCGUACAGGACGUCGAGCAUAAAAUAGGUCAUUGGCUUUUCUGCUGGAAUGAGACUGAACAGUCUGGCUUUCACGAGAGUCAUUCAAGUAACCAAGCAGUAUAUCACAGAGAGCAAUGACAUCUUGAUCCAUGGAACAGUGACAAUUUUUUUCUUUAUAACAUUUUGAUAUGAUCCAAUAGAGCAUUUGAUUGGUGUACAUUUGGAAUGCAUAGAUUAUUUCAAAUGUAAUGAGAUGUCUUUAUAAUAUGUAGUUCUGUUCUAAAAGUGUAAAUACAGAGUGAUUUGGCUGAAUAGUAGUCAGUUUUUAUCAUGAACUACUUGUACCAGUUAUUGAAUAGUAGUCUGUUCCACAUUUCAAUGUUCUUUUAGGUUGAUGAGUU